CUGGAAUCUGCGGCUUUUGUCUUCGGCUAGAGACAGAGGUUUCUGGACUGCUUAUCACCAUGCCCAAAUUUGUACCCCGUCAGCGAAAGCAAAAGCACAAACAAAAUGCUGCAACGACGAGCACUCCGGUAGACACCAAUGCCGCGGAGGUAUUGCCCGCCUCAAAAAGCGACAAGGAAGCAAAGAGGCAGCAGCUGAGAGAUGAAUUGCGAUCACAACAUACCACCAUCUCCUCGAAGAAACAGAAGCGCUUGGACAAAUACAUUGAAAAUAAACUCAAGAAAGAAGAGAACCUCGAGCUACUCAAGAAACUUGCAAAAUCCAAGACCGACACCUCGGCAUUGCAGAGCUCUAAAGAACUGGGCAAACGCAAAAGACAUGAUGAGAACGACAGACCCUCGGCACCGACAGCUGCCCAUGAACGAGGUCCCCUGCUAGAGCAGUCAGACGAUGACUCUGAUGAUGGGCAACCCCCAUCCGGAGUAACAGACGCUGGAAAUAUCCCUAGACCGGCAGGGCCACUUGGUAGCGGUCUCAAACGUCCUCUUGAAUUAGGCCCAGAUGGUUUCCCGGUCCUCAAAAAGAGAAAGCAGGCCCCCAAAGCAAAACAGCCGGUAGUGGUUACGCAAGAGGUGCCAUGGGAAGGGUUUGGUUCCGAUGACGAGGAGGAUCAGGAUGAUGAAUCGGCAUCUGAUCCGGAUGAUGAGGAUGAGGAUGAGGACGAUAACUCCGAAGAGUCAGCGACAGAUGCCUCUGAGGAAGAUGAUAGUGAAGACGACGACGAUGAUGAAGAGGAUGAUGAUGAUGAUGAUGAAGAUGAUGAACCGAAGCCUCGUCAAUCUGCUUUCAAAUCCUGGGCAAGGCAGCAAAUCAAUGAAGCCGCCGGAUUUCAACCUACGACAGGUCCCAUUGUUCACGAGGAUGUACCAAUUCGCCCUGAAUCCGAAAAGCCUGCUCAGAAUUCCGUUUAUCAAGAGGAGCCGCUGCCCCCAGAGCUUCAGGUAACCCAGGGUAACCCGUACAGGAAGGCAUUCAGUGUUCCGGUCGAGCGUACGGAGGAAAUGCAGACUGCACGUUUGGGGCUACCGAUUGUGGGCGAAGAACAGAAAAUCAUGGAAGCAAUCUAUAACAAUUCUUCCAUUGUGAUAUGGGGAGCUACUGGUAGUGGAAAGACCACCCAGCUACCGCAAUUCCUGUUUGAGGCCGGUUUCGGAAACCCUGAUAGCCCCAACCCCGGCAUGAUUGCAGUGACACAGCCUCGAAGAGUUGCUGCUGUCAGUAUGGCGAAACGAGUUGGUGAUGAACUGGGUUCGUUUUCCGACCAGGUUUCUUACCAGAUUCGGUUCGAAAGCACCGUGUCCAAGAAGACGGCAAUCAAGUUCAUGACCGACGGUAUUCUUAUCCGAGAGAUUGCCGAAGACUUUUCUCUGAGCAAAUAUUCCAUCAUUGUGAUUGAUGAAGCCCACGAGCGGAGCGUUAAUACUGACAUUCUCAUCGGAAUGGUCAGCCGCAUAGUCGACCUGCGGAAAAACAUGAGCGAAGAGGACCCAACAGUGAAACCUCUCAAGCUUGUGGUUAUGUCGGCGACUCUGCGCAUCUCUGAUUUCACACAGAAUGCCAGUCUCUUCCGUCAGGGAGCACCGCCCCUGGUGCAGGCGGAGGGCCGACAGUACCCUGUCACCGUGCACUUUUCCAGGCGGACCCACCGCGAUUAUGUCGAGGAAGUGUUCCGAAAGGUCUCGAGGGGCCACCGGAAGCUGCCUCCUGGAGGUAUGCUGGUGUUUUUGACCGGACAGAACGAGAUCAGACACCUCUCAAAGCGCUUGAAACAGGCCUUCAAGCCUACACAACGGGGGGAGAUUGCUCAAGCCAAGGUCCAGCUCUCGGCGAAUGAUGCGCCACUGGAAGCGGAAGAUCUGGACAUAGGUGGAGCCGAUUUAUCUAACCCCGGGAAUGAGGAGGACGAUGACAGCGACAUUGAAAUUACCGGUCUGGAUGACUCGGAUAUAGAUGAAGGAUUUGAUAUGGAAGAGGAAGCGAUGGACGCGUCGACCCAGGUCCAUGUGUUGCCUUUGUAUUCGCAACUUCCCACGAAGGAGCAGCUGAAGGUUUUCGACCCUCCGCCAGAGAACUCGCGACUCAUUGUUCUGGCUACCAACGUAGCCGAGACCAGUCUUACAAUCCCGGGCAUCAAAUAUGUCUUCGAUUGCGGACGAGCCAAGGAAAAGCAGUACGAUCUGGCCACUGGAGUACAGAAGUUCCAAGUGGACUGGAUUAGCAAGGCCAGUGCGAACCAAAGAGCCGGACGAGCUGGUAGAACUGGACCGGGCCACUGCUAUCGACUCUACUCAUCUGCGGUGUAUGAAGGAGAAUUUGCCGAAUAUACCGAUCCGGAAAUUCUGCGGACGCCCAUCGAGGGAGUCGUCCUUCAAAUGAAGAGCAUGGGUCUUCACAACGUCAUCAACUUCCCUUUCCCAACCCCUCCAAGCCGUCAGGGAUUGGCAGCGGCCGAAAAGUUGCUGAAGAACCUCGGUGCGCUCUCCUCGCAAGGAAAGAUCACCCAGAUCGGAAAUCGUCUAUCCACCUAUCCGCUGUCUCCAAGAUUCGGCAAAAUGCUCCACAUCGGCCACCAACAUGGCUGUAUGCCCUAUGUCAUCGCACUGGUUGCCGCCUUGGCCGUUGGCGAUUUGUUCGUCCCCGAGAACCAGAUCGAUCCCACGCCUGCGAAGGACGACGACGAGCGCGGAAUCUACACGAACUCGGACCGACUGGAAGACACGGCCAGAGAGCAACGCCACAAGGACUACGCCAGAGCCCACCGUCUGUUCAGCAAGCACGACGACACCGCCGACGCCCUCAAAUACCUGUCCGCCAUCUGCGCGUACGGCUAUGCCUCCGAUGGGGACGCCUUCUGCGACAAGAUGUUCCUCCGCGCCAAGGCUUUCAAGGAAGCCACCCAGCUGCGCAGCCAACUGACCGACAUCGUACGAACCAACAACCCCGGUCUCAUCUCGGCGUACCAGCCCCGCGUCCCGGAGCCGUCAGACAAGCAAGUCAAGGCGCUCAAGCAGAUCAUCGCGGCCGGGUUCAUCGACAACGUGGCCAUCCGCGCCGACCUGGCCCCCGUGCCCCCUGAGAUGGACCGAAAGCCGAAACGAGCCAUCGACGUCCCGUACUUCACGCUCUUCAGCUCGCGCGACGGACCGGCAGUCGAGCUGCACGAGAAGGCGGUCUACGUGCACCCUUCGUCGCUGAUGGCCAACCUCUCGCCCAAGGAAAUGCCCCAGUACAUCAUCUACUCCCAUCUGCAGCAGUCGUCGCCGUCGAUGGUGUCUGAGCAGGCCUCUAAGAUCAGAAUGUAUCCUCUUGUCUCCCCGAGUGGCUUGCAACUCUCCGCUAUUGCGCAGGGAACGCCCCUGAUCGAAUACGGCAAGCCAAUUGGGAACAUCGAAGAGCUGGGUGGCGUCCCCCCUCGGCGCGCAUGCUGGGUGAUCCCAUCGCUGGUGGGCGAAUCCGGGCGCAUGGGAUGGCCGCUGCCGGCUAAGAAGGUGGUUCAGAAGAAAGACCCCAGGGAAGGAUGGGUGAUCGAGAAGCUGGGUGCUUAAGGUCCUGUAUAUAAGACAUGUAUGGUGUAUACCAG